AUUCUCAAAUAGAAAUGUUGUCUUCAAAUUCGAGAACCAGAUCCAGUGGAGCAGUCUUGUCGUACGCAUUACAGAAAUCGAGCUCCUCAUCGUCGUCUUCGACUGCUUUCGCGUCUGCAAGUACAAGUUUUUCUCCUCGAUCUACUGGUUUCUUCAAUAGAUCAACCUCUUCUACUCGCACCAAUCUCUGUGGUGUCCUUCCGUCUUCUCCGUUUGUUCGGUUUUCAAUCGACCGAUCUCGCUCUCCUAGCAGGUCGAUUGCCGUUUCCCCUCGUGAUGAGGUCGUAAGGAAGCAGAGUAAUCCUCUGUCAGCUCCAUCAUCAUCGUCGAGGAAGACGUGUAUGUGUUCGCCGACAAAUCAUCCUGGUUCGUUUCGUUGCAGUCUCCACAAAGGUGUCGAUAAUCACCAUCAUCAUUCAGGGUCGUAUCCGUCGUCUCAUCGAUUGAACGCUCGGAGAUCGGCGAUGACAAAUUCACUUGUUCGGAUUGGUACUGUUGAGGGAGAAAUAGUUAAGAGAGCAUUGGCCGCUUUGAUCAGACCAUCUUCUCAUCAGCAAAAGAGAAGAGCGUCUUUCCAGCCUAGGGCAAGCCGGCUUUCUUUGAUGUCAAAAGCAGAAGACUUGUGAUGAAAUCGAGCAGGUUCGUUCAAUUAUAUUCGUCAACCCUCCUCUGUAAAUCCCUUGUAUUGCCGCAGUGUUUCCGCACUGGAAACGUCAUUCCUUUUCUUUUGGCGCUUUUAUGU